AGCAUUGUUCGGGGCAUGAGCUCAAUGGAAGUGACAGAACCAGAGCCAGCGCUCUUCCAAGUGGAGACAAGCCUGAAGUCAGGAAGGCCGCCGAGAUGGACCCUGAAUGGGAAAGUGUUGGAGCCCAGCGAAGUGGUGGAUAUGUACAGGGAGGGUACCAUCCACAGCCUCUGCCUCACUUCCACAGACAGCUCCAUGUCGGGGCCUGUGGUUUUUGUCGCUGGCAAGAGCCGUUCUUCUGCUGAACUUACGGUAAAAGAGCGGCCCCUCCAAGUUGUCCGCAAUUUGGAAGAUGUGGAAGCCAAGGAGAACAGCUCUGUCACUCUGAGCUGCGAGUUUGCCCCCUCCCCCAGGGUGGUGAGGUGGUUUAAAGGUCGUACAGCUUUGAAGGCUUCAAACAAGUACAGCAUGAGGAGAGAUCGGAAACGUGCAGAGCUGACAAUCCAUGGCUUGGUAGGGAUGGAUGGAGGGCAGUAUCGCUGCAUGGCGGGGGGUUCGCAGAGCAUAGCACACGUGGAAGUCGAAGUGCGAAAGCUGAAGCUGGUCAGACACCUUGAACCAGUGGAACUUGAAGAAGACAGCGUCGCCAGUUUUGCUUGUGAACUCAACUAUGUGGUUGCCAACGUCGAGUGGCUCCUCAACAAUGUCCGCCUGUAUUCCAGCGCCACAAACAGGAUCCAACACAUGGGCACCAUGCACAGCCUUUUCAUUAAGAAGCUGAGACCGCAGCACAGCCGGGUCACCUUUAGAGCUGGCCUUCUUUCGGAGACGACAACUUUAAAGGUCAAAGAGCGCCCUGCGGUAUUUCUAAGACCUCUGGAGGAUGCAGUUGGGGAAGAACAAGGGGAGGUCUGCCUUCAGUGUGAAGUCUCCAAAGUGUCUGUGAUCCCAGUCUGGAGGAAGAAUAGUAUUGUUCUGACACCUGAUGAAAAGCAUGAGCUGUGCCAGUACGGAAGGUCCCUGGCACUGAUUAUUCAUUGCUUGAGCAAAGAUGAUGCUGGGCAGUACACCUGUGAUCUGGGCACCAGCCAAACCAAGGCUAAAGUUACUGUACAUGAUUUACAUAUCACUAUUAUCCAGCGCUUGAAGACAACGUCCAUAAUGGAGGGUGAAAGCUGCACUUUUGAAUGUCAACUCUCUCACGUUCUUAGUGAUGAGCCUUUCUGGACCAUCAACGGUCAACUGGUUGUCUCCAACAGCCACUUCCAGGUCAUCAACAAUGGUCGCAAGUACAAGCUGAGGAUUAAAGAUGCAGUUUUGUCCAACGCUGGAGAAGUGAUCUUUGGAAUUAAAGACUUAAGCUGCAGGACAAUGCUCUUUGUCAAAGAGAGGCCAGUGCACAUUUUUAGGGAUCUGCUGAAUGUCAAGACUGUGCCAGGUGAGGAUGCGGAGCUGAGUUGUGAGAUCACCAAACCUGAGGUCAGCAUCCACUGGCUGAAAAAUGGCCAUAUGAUCAGGCAGAGUCACAAAUAUAAGAUGAGCGUGGAAAAGAACCUGGCAAGGCUGAUAGUCAAGAAUACCGCAAUCAGAGAUUCAGGAGAGUACUGCUGUCAGGCUGAUGGGGUUGCCUCCCAUGCCAAACUGGAGGUUAGAGAUCUGCAGCACUCAUUCGAGAGGGAGUUAAAGGACAGCAAAGCAGAGGAAAAAGGUAAAGUGACCCUGGAGUGCGAGACCAGACAGCCAGCCAAGCGAGUGACCUGGCUCAAGGGCAUGAUGGAGCUGAGGUCGAGCAGGAAAUAUGUCAUGAGGCAGAAGGGUGUGGUGCUUUCGCUCACCAUCACUUAUCUGGAGAAAUCGGACACAGAUAUCUACACAUGUGAUGUUGGGACCAUGCAGAGCCGUGCGCAGCUGACUGUGCAGGGCCAGAGGGUGGUGAUCCUGGAUGAACUGGAGGACAUUGAGUGCCUUGAAAGUGAUACAGUCACCUUCAAAUGUCAAAUCUGUCCCAGUGACUACACAGCAGUGAAGUGGUACUUGGAUGAGACUCUGCUCUACAAUAAUCAGCUUAAUGAAAUCCAGAUGCUGGCGGGUGGCUACCACACGCUGACAUUUAGACAGUUAGCCCGCAAAGACACUGGUACCAUUUCGUUUUCAGCCGGUGACAAACGAUCAUAUGCGUCACUGUUGGUCAGAGAGAGACGUCCAACCAUUUGCAAAGCCCUCGAGGACUGUGAGGCUAUUGAAGGAGGGGGUCUGGUUUUGUCCUGCGUGACCUCAAAGCCAUGCCAUAUCCUAUGGUACAAAGAUUGUUGCUUGAUGUGGAACUCGUCAAGGUACUUUGCAAGUCGUUCGGGAUGUGAGGCUCGGCUGGCAAUUCGGGAGGUCUGCCAAAGUGAUGCUGGGGUGUAUGAGUGCAGUGCUGGAUCUGUUUCAACAAGGGCUGUUGUAACCGUCAAAGCUAUCCCAGCUGAAUUCACAAAGCCUCUGCAGAACGUAGAGUCCCGAGAAGGUGAAACCGCUACAUUGACCUGUGAAUACUCUCUGCCGGGAGUCCAAUUCCACUGGAAAAAAGGCAGUGAGAGCCUCAGGCCUGGAGACAAGUAUGUGAUGAAACAGAGACAGACCAUCAAUUCACUCAUAAUCCGAGCUGUGAAGCCGGAGGACUCGGGGGAGUACACCUGUCAAUGCAGGGGCCACCACACUACAGCAAGGCUCAAAGUGCAAGCCAUUCCGAUUACAUUCAUCCAGCAACUGAAGAACCUGCAUGCGGAGGAAGGGAGCAAUGUCAUUUUGCGAUGCGAACUCUCCAAAUCUGGAAUACCAAUAGAAUGGAUGAGAGGCCAAGAAGUGUUGAAGAAUGGAGUGAAGUACCAGAUGAGAAGAUGGGAGACAACAUUAGAGCUUUUGAUAUGGAAAGCUGUUCCUGAAGACAGUGGACUUUACAAGUGUUUGUGUGCUGAUCAGGUCACAUCCGCCACUGUCAAAGUCAAAGCUCUGCCACUCACCUUCAAGCAGAAACUGCACAACGUGAGCUUUGAGGAGGGCAAUAUGGCAACGUUGCGAUGUGAGCUUUCCAAAGCAUCUCUCUUUGUGGAGUGGUGGAAGGGGGGUGAUGAGCUCAUCAAGAAUAGUGAUAAAUAUCACAUGCGCCAGAGUGACACACUGAUCGAACUGAGGAUCCUAGAUGUGACGCCAGAAGACAGCAACAUCUACACCUGCAUUUGUGGGAGCAUAGAGACCACAGCAACCCUCACUGUGAAUGCACUCCCCAUCACCUUCAAGCAAAAGCUGAAGAACCUUCAAGUGGAAGAAGGACACAACAUCACGCUGUCUUGUGAGAUCUCCAAGCCUGGUGUCGCUGUGGAGUGGAGGCUAGCCGGUGAGCUUCUCGAGGAUGGGGAAAAGUACCAGAUGAAGCAGAGAGGCUCCGUGCUCACGCUGACGAUCAGAGAUGCUCUGCCAGAGGACAGCGGCAUCUACGCCUGUGUCUGCAGAGACCAGAAGACAAAGGCCACAGUUAAAGUCGUUGCGAUCCCCGCCACGUUUAAAGGGAGUCUGAAAAGCCAGGAGGCGGAGGAGGGGAGUAGUGUGACGCUCCGCUGCCAAGUGUCAAAAACAGAUGCCCGAGUAGAAUGGCAGAAAAAUGGACAGGUGCUGUCUGAGGAGAUGUCCGGAAGAAAGUAUCAGUUGAAGCUUGAAGGGAAGACAGCUGAGCUGACCAUUGUCAGCGUUGAAGUACAGGAUGCGGGGAGGUACAGCUGUAUUACAGGAGAUGAGAAAACAACUGCCGAACUCAAAGUGAAAUCACUUCCAGUCACAUUCAAACAUGGGCUCAAGAAUUUGGAGGUGAAGGAAGGCGACAGCGGGCUUUUCUGUUGUGAGCUCUCCAAACCUGGAGCUCCAGUGGAGUGGAGGAAAGGUCGUGUACUUCUGAGCAGUGGAGGCAAGUAUGAGAUGAAGCAGGAAGGGCCUUACACCAAGAUGGUUGUCAACAACGUGCAAGACAGCGAUGCUGGGAAAUACAUUUGCAAAACUAAGGACAGCCAAUCAACUGCAGAGCUGUCGGUCCAGGGUUUACCACCAUGUUUCACGCUCAUGCUUGCUAACCAGGAGGUGAUUGAAGGCAACAGCGUGUUUCUGCGCUGUGAGCUCAACAAACCUGCCCACUCAGUGGAGUGGAGGAGAGGAGGCUUGGUGUUGAGGCAAGGAGACAAGUACCAGAUGAGGAAAAAGGAUUUGCAGCUGGAGAUGACUAUUAAUAAUGUCACUCUCGAAGACGCUGGUGAUUACACCUGUACUUGUGGUGAAGAAACUACUACAGCUUGCCUCGCAGUGAAUGAACGACCUGUCAAAUUCCUCCAUGAACUGAGUAACAUUGAAGUGCAAGAAGGCAACGGGGUAACACUUUGCUGCCAGCUCUCCAAAGCAGGGCUCACUGCUCAGUGGAUGAAGGGAGAUGAGUUGUUAACCACUGGUGAGAGGUAUCAGCUGAAGCAGAGAGGCUCCACACUCGAGCUGCUCAUCGGGAAGAGUCAGCCUGAAGACAGUGGUGUUUACAGCUGCAUCUGUGAAGCCAUUAAAACUACUGCGACACUCAUCAUAACCGCAAUUCCAGUGACGUUCAAGCAAAAGUUGAAGAACCAAGAAACAGUGGAGGAGAGCAGUGUGAUGCUCUACUGCGAGCUCUCCAAACCAGGAGUCCCGGUUGAGUGGAGAAAGGAUGCUCAGCUCCUGAGGGAGGGAGCCAAAUAUCAGAUGAAGCAAGAGGGCAGGGUGUGUGAGAUGCUGAUCGCAGAUCUCACUCUCAAGGAUACUGGCGAAUACAGCUGCUCUGGUGGUACAGCUGUUACUUCCGCUGAGAUCAAAGUAAGAGCUCUUCCGGUUACAUUUAAGCAAGAAGUUCAGAAUUUGGAGCUGAAGGAAGGUGACAGUGGAGUGUUCUGCUGCGAGUUGUCCAAACCUGAAGCACCAGUGGACUGGAGGAAAGGAAGAGUCAUUCUUAAGCCCGGUUACAAAUAUGAAAUGAAACAGGAGGGAAAUUUCACCAAACUGUUUGUCAACCAUGUAGAAGAGUGUGACGCUGGGAAGUACACUUGCAAGACAAAAGACAGCCAAUCCACUGCUGAGCUCAUCGUGAUAGCACCUCCCAUCACAUUCAAAACCAAGUUAAAGAACCUCCAAGUGGAAGAGGAGAACAGCGUGACAUUGAUAUGUGAAUUGUCCAAGCCCGGCCUUUCUGUUGAGUGGAGGAAAGGCCAGGAGCUGCUGAAGAAUAAUUUCAAAUACCAGCUAAGAAAUCGAAACAGCAUGCUGGAGCUGACCAUCAAAAACACUCAGCUGGAUGACAGUGGAGUCUACAGCUGUAUCUAUGGCGAUACCAAGACAGUAGCCAACAUCACUGUGACACCUAUUCCACUCACCUUUAAGAUGGGUUUGAAGAACCAGGAGGCCGCUGAGGGAGGCAACGUGACCCUAAGAUGUGAACUGUCCAGGAGUGGGAUGUCUGUACAGUGGUGGAAGGGAGAGGACCAGCUCCAUCAAGGUGGGAGGUAUCAGAUGACCCUCAAGGAGAACGUAGCUGAGAUGAGCAUCAGAAACAUCCAGCCGGAGGACGUUGGGGAGUACAGUUGUGUCUUUGGCGAGCAGAAGACAACUGCUGAAGUGAAUGUGAGAGCGGCGGCAUCAGUGUUCUUUGAGAAGGAACUGGAGAGCCAAGCGGUGACGGAGGGCAAAUCGGUGCUGAUGUCAUGUGAAGUUUCUAGCGCGAAUGUCCCUGUCACUUGGAAGAAGGACAAUACGGUCAUUGAAGCUGGGCCACGACUAAUUAUUACCAAAAAAGGACCUAUGCAUAUGUUGGCGAUCAAGCAGCUGAACCUGGAGGAUGCUGGCGAAUACUGUUGCAUCACCAGGGGCAAGAAGACCACCGCCAAGUUGAUUGUGAGGGAGCGGGUACGAAUCGUUACAGAGCUUAAAGACAUCACUGUAACUGCGGGGGAAGAUGCCAUGUUUGUGUGCGAGCUGAGCCAUGCCAAUGUGAAUGAGGGUGUGUGGUGGCUGGACUCCAGUCCACUGCAGAGGAAUGAUAUGAACCAGAUGACAUGCCAAGGUCGCACACACCGACUUGUUCUCACCAUGACAACACCUGACGAGACAGGCAUUGUGGCAUUUGUGAUCGGGGAAGAAAGGACAUCGGCAAGUCUUUCAGUGGUGCCAAAGCUCAAAGUUUUAUUUGAGGAGAAGCCUCAAGAUGUUCGAAUAUCGGAAGGAGAAAUUGCUACUUUGUCCUGCACAACCUCUGACUUCACCACCCCGGUUACCUGGAGGCGCAACCAUAUCCCUCUCCGAAAUGGCGACAAAUUUGAGAUACGAAAAGAGGGAAAAGUCAACUUACUGCUGAUCCAUGCCGUGGAGCCCGGGGAUGCUGGAGUUUACUCUUGUGAUACAGGCGAUGCACAGGCCAGUGCCAAGCUUACUGUGACAGAGCUGCCACCAUUCUUCCAGGAAGAGUUGCAAAGCGUUGAGACUGAGGAGGACGGUUCGGCCAUCCUGUGCUGUGAACUGUCCAAACUCGGGUUGCCAGUACAAUGGAGGAAGAACAGUUUGCCAAUUCGGGCUGGCAGGAAGUACGAGAUGAAGCAGGAUGGUUGCUUCCUUCAGCUUCACAUCAAGGAGCUUAAACUUGAGGACAGUGGCAGCUACACGUGUCAAGCAGGAAAUGCAGAAACUACUGCUACUGUUACAGUCAAAGAGCUACAGCCAUUCUUCAAGAAAGAUUUGGAAAAUGUGCGGGUGGAUGAGGGCGGUUCCGUUUCUUUGAGCUGUGAGGUGUCUAAACCUGGAUUGCCAGUUCAAUGGAAAAAGAACAAGCUUCCUCUGAGGGCCAACAGGAGGUAUGAGAUGAAGCAAGAUGGCUGCCUUCUCCAGCUUAGCAUUGUGAACGUCAAACCUGAAGACAGCGGCAGCUACUCAUGUCAUGUAGGAAGUGUAGAAUCAACUGCAACUAUAAUCGUGAAAGAACUUCCACCAUUUUUCAAAGAAAACUUAGAGAAUGUACAGGCUGAGGAGGGAGGUAUUGCCUCCCUGCGCUGUCAGGUAUCGAAGCCCGACACUGCCAUACAAUGGAAGAAGAACAAGUUGCCAUUAAGAGCCAGCAACAAGUAUGAAAUGACACAAGAUGGCUGCCUCCUGCAGCUCACAAUCAGUGACCUCAAACCUGAGGAUGAAGCUAGCUACACAUGUGAAGCAGGAAGCGCAGAAACCACUGCAACUGUUUCUGUAAAAGAAUUGCCAGUUAUAUUCAAAGCUGACUUGCAGAGUACAGAGGCAGAGGAAGGAGAUAAAGCCUUCCUAUCCUGUGAGCUGUCUAAACCUGGAGUGCCAGUUCAAUGGAAAAAGAACAAGCUUCCUCUGAGUGCCAAUAGGAAAUAUGUAAUGAAACAAGAUGGCUGCCUUCUUCAGCUGAACAUUAUGGACCUCAAACCUGAAGAUAGCGGAACAUACACAUGUCAAGCAGGAAGUGCAAUGAGUUCAGCAACUGUAACUGUGAGAGAGUUGCCCUUAUUCUUCAAACAACAAUUGCAAAGUGUGGAGACAGAGGAGGGCGGUUCAGUCUCUCUAUACUGUGAAUUGUCUAAACCUGGAGUGCCAGUGCAAUGGAAGAAGAACAGGCUGCCUUUGAAGGCCAGCAGGAAGUUUGAGAUGAAACAAGAUGGCUCCCUCCUUCAGCUCAACAUCAGUGACCUCGAGCCUGAGGAUGGUGGUAGAUACACGUGUCAAGCAGGCAGUGCAGAGACCAUUGCAACGCUGUCUGUAAGAGAGCGCCCAAUCUCAUUCAAAAACGAAUUGCAAAGUAUGGAGGCAGAAGAAGGAGACACAGCCGUUCUGUCCUGUGAGCUGUCGAAACCUGGAGUGGCAGUGCAAUGGAAAAAGAACAGACUGCCUCUGAGGGAUGACAGGAAGUUUGAGAUGAAACAAGAUGGCUGCCUUCAACAACUCAUCAUCAUUGAUCUCAGACCUGAAGACAGCGGAAGCUACACAUGCUUUGCAGGAAGUGCAGAGACUUCUGCAACUAUAGCUGUGAGAGAGCUUCCAUUAUUCUUCAAAGAAAAAUUACAAAAAGUGGAGAUAGAAGAGGGACAUUCAACCUCUCUGUGCUGUGAGCUGUCGAAACCUGGAGUGCCAGUGCAAUGGAAGAAAGACAAAUUGCCUCUGAGGGCCAACAAGAAGUACGAGAUGAAACAGGAUGGCUGCCUUCUACAACUCAACAUCAAGGACCUCAAAUUGGAGGACAGUGGUAGUUACUCGUGUCAAGCAGGAAGUGCAGAGACUGCAACCACUUUAUCAGUGAAAGAGCUCCCACCGUUGUUUGUGACAGGCCUACAAAGUGCAGAGCGAGAUGAGGGAAGCUCAUUCUCUUUAUGCUGCGAGCUCUCUAAACCUGGGGUGCCAGUGCAAUGGAAAAAAAACAAUCUGCCUCUCAGGGCCAACAAGAAGUAUGAGAUGAAGCAAGAUGGCUGCCUUCUUCAGCUCAACAUCGAGGAUCUUAAACCUGAGGACAGUGGCAGCUACACAUGUCAAGCAGGGAGUGCAGAAACCACAGCAACUCUUUCUAUCAAAGCGCUGCCUCCACUGUUCAAGAAAAAGCUACAAAGGAUAGAGGCAGACGAGGGGGCUACAGCUGUCCUGUCUUGCGAGCUGUCGAAACCUGAAGUCUCAGUACAGUGGAAGAAGAAUGCGCUGCCAUUAAAAGCUGACAGGAAGUAUGACAUUAAACAGGAUGGCUGUCUACUCCAGCUUCAUAUUAAGGAGCUCCAUCCUGAAGACUGUGGGAGCUACACAUGUCAAGCAGGAAGUGCAGAGACCACUGCAACUGUGUCUGUCAAAGAACUGCCUUGCUUUUUCAAGAAAGAAUUGCAAAACACCGAAACGGAAGAGGGAGCCACAGCAGUCUUGUGUUGUGAACUGUCCACACUUGGUGUGUCGGCACAGUGGAAAAAAAAUGGAAUUCCACUAAGAGCAAAUAGGAAGUAUGCGAUGAAGAAGGAUGGCUGUUUGCUGGAACUUCAUAUCAAGGAGCUAAAUCCAGAAGAUAGUGGAAGUUACUCAUGUCAAGCAGGAAAUGCAGAAACCACUGCAGCGGUGUCUGUAAAAGCACCUGAGACUACUUUGUCAAAGAAUGAACCCUCCAUGGUACGACCACGAACACGGAGUACCACCUCCGAACCCGAGAAUGUGAAUCUCCCCAAUGCACACCUAAUCCCUCCUGAACCCAAGAAGAGGACAGUGCGAAAAGCAUCGAUCACUGCUGUAGAACAAGAUGCAGAGACCAUGUUUAAUAUCAAACAGCCCAUUCAGUCUUUGCAAAUAGCAGACCAGAAGGAGAUGCAGACUGAAAAACAGACAGAAAAUGCUCAGGAUUCAAACCAGCAGGUGCACAAUGUGGACCAAAAUGUGGAGGUUUCCACAAGACCAGCAAAUUUAGAUGAGAAGGAGCAUGUGAUUGAAAGAAUUGAGACGGAGAAGACUCAACCAGCAAAGCCACAAAUGAAGGCAGAACUCAGUCAACCAGGCAGAAAUCUUGGAAAUAAUGGUGUUGAUCAACAGAAGCAGUUAUUUAAAUCUCUGGAAACAAAUCCAACGCAAAACGAAAAACCAUUCGAAAAAGUCAGAGAAGUUGAAAUACUAGAUGACCAUCCAGAAACAAUAUUGUGGAAGAGAGUUGAGGAGGAGAAAAAGGCAAUGAAACCAUCAACAACAGCCUUUGAGAUCGAAACAUUGGAACGAGAUGUUAAGUCUACUAUUAAGGAUGGUGACGUGGGGAAGACAGGGGAUGGUGUGUUACCUCCUGUGAGGUCAAAAGGAAAAGCAGCAGGAGGAAGAGAGACUCCUGAAGUUGUUAAAAAAGAAACUGAGGAGUUCACUCAACAGCCAUCAAACGCUGCCCUCAAUGAUUCUAGGGACGGGAAUACACUGAGAAACCACGUAAAAGAACUCGCGACCACAGAGAAAGUAGAGGAGCAAGUAAUGCAAGUGCCAUCAGUAAAUCAGCUGGACAGCCACUCCGGAAAAAGAAAAGAACUGCCUCAAGAUAUAAAGACUGAACCUAUUCCCCCAAAGCCACCUGUGAGGUCAAAGAGCAAAACUAGGACAGGAAUGGAAAAACGACCAUCAAGAGACACUGAAACAGAUCAAGAUGAACAAAUGGUGACAACGGCCAAAGAUCAGCUACUAAAAGAGACGGGAAGGUCGUUGAAAGAUGAGGAAUCAAGACUCGAGAAAAAACAGUCAGCAUCAGCAGACGCUGAUCUGGUGGAGAAGUUGGUUCUACCCAAACAGCUGAUAAAACAUCCAGUCAAACCUAUGAGAAAAGAGCCUGAAAUGGACAAAGAAGUCGCUGCUGGUUCAAUGGCAAGGGAGGAGGAACACCAAGAAGUGCAAAUGAUGGAAGAAAUUCCUCUCCUCUACAUCUCUGAAGAUGAAACUUUCUCAGAAGCUUUGACCGAGAUCCCCAUAAUCGAACCCGGUGGCUUCUUUGAUGAAACGUCAACCAAACCCUACACCCAGCCUAUCAUUUUGGAUCUCCAGAAGCCGGUCCAGGAUGCUUCACCAGAGGUUUACAUCAGUGCUGAAGAUGAACCACAAAUGCAAGAAGCUACCGUCAAGAUCCAGACUCCCUUAAAAGGCUACGAAACCGGCAAAGAUACACGGCCGGUCUUGAAAGAGGUCUUUAGCAACCAGUGUGCAGAUGUUGAUGGUAACAUCACUCUAAUGUGUACUGUAGAAGGACAUUAUAACAGCGUGCGCUGGCUUAAAGAUGGUCAAACAAUCAGUCGUGAUGAACGACAUGGUAUUGAAGCCGCAGAGGGUGGGGUAUGCUCUCUAGUUAUCACUCAACUGACCCUGAGUGACAGUGGCAUCUACACAUGUGAGGUGGUCAAUAAAUUUGGUAUGACGUCCUACAGUGGAAACAUAACCGUGGUUCCGCUGCAAGAGCCUGCUCAGACAGUCGGCAGGCAAGUGCACCCACCUCUUGCCGCAAUCACUCCACUGCAGUUGGCCCCGCUGAGGCCUGAGGACAAAACACAGAUUCAAGAUCAGGCAACUUCGGGGACCGAUGCUGAUAACUAUGUCGAGAAUAUCGACGUCUCUUUAUGGGAGGCCUACAACCUGACAGAGCAGCACAUUCAGAUGGGCCAACAAAAGAGGAGACCAUCAUCUCUCAUCGCCACCAGCUCCGUGUCAAGUCCAUCUGAUUAUGACACUGCACCAGAUGUGAUUGAACCUGUCGAAAUUACGACCCAUCCAGCAAGGGAACUUCCUGAGGCAACGGACCAAAUGCCUCUGAAGGACUCGAAUCAACACUCUGCUGAUCCCUGCCUUUUCAAGACCUUUUUACAAGUCCAAGGCACCCAAGAAGGCCAAAUGAGAACACCAUCUCCUAAACACCUUAGGGCGCACACACCUUUAGCUAGCACUGUGUCGGGAUCAGAAUCCGAAGGGGAAGAGGAUCAAUGCGAGACAUUUGAAAUGUAUGUGGCGAGAGCAGCCUGCAACCCCAACAGUGGAAGCAAGGACAGUUUUUUACUGAAGGAGGGUCAAUACGUCGAGGUUCUAGACUCUGUCCAUCCAGACAAAUGGCUCGUGAGAACCAAACCCACCAAAACCAACCCUGCCCGCCAGGGAUGGGUGUGUCCGGCCUAUCUGGAGAAGAAGAGAAAGGAGGCCUUCACACAGUUGCGGGCACCUCAAGAGGAUCUUGACGGAAUCGGUUCCACAGGAGAAGAGUAUAGGAGGGCUUUGAGCCAACUGAUUCAAGGUCUGAUUGAUGGUGAAGAGGAGUUUGUGAAAGAAAUGAGGCUGUUUAUUUCUCAUCCACUAAAUUACUUGGACUCAAGUCUCAAUGUUCCUAUCCACAUCAUCAACCAAAAAGAUAUCAUUUUCAGAAAUAUAAAGGACAUUGUCCUUCUUCACGAGAAGUCUAUUCUCCCUGGGUUGAGAGCAUGUACUACAGAUGAUGACGUCGCUAUGCAUCUGAUCCUUCACUUUGAGGACCUUGAAAAGUAUGUUCACUACAUGCUCGGGCAAUCACAAGCAGAGGCCUGCAUUGCUGAUAAAGCUACCCAACAAUAUCUCAAAGAGUUACCAGGAUCUGGUAGACCUGAGGCUCCCGUCAUAGAUACCUUGACCUUCCUCCAAAGACCAGUUGAAAGGAUUCAGACAUAUCAAGCAUUGCUGAAGGAGCUAAUUAAGAACAAGGCCAAAAGCGGCCAGAGCUGUUGUUUGUUGGAGGAUGCAUUCUCCCUUGUGUCCUGUCUACCCUGGAGGUCUGACAAUCUGCACCAGGUCUCCCUCAUUGAAAACUACCCCGCCCCUUUGACUGCCCUGGGCGAGCCUGUGCGGCAGGGAGCCUUUACGGUGUGGGACGAAACGCCAGAAACUAAAAAGACCUCUAGAGGGCAUCAGAGACAAGUCUUUCUGUUCAAGGAAUGUAUUGUCCUAUGCAAACUGAGAAGAGAUGCCAGUAAGAGCUGUGAUGUGUACACCUUCAAGAAUAAAAUGAAGCUGAAUGAUGUCGAGCUACGGGAAACAAUGGGAGGUGAUGAGAAGACUUGGGAGCUGUGGCAUGAGCACAGGGGCUCGGUGCGGAGAUAUGCACUGCAGGGCCGUUCACCACUGGUGAGACUUUCCUGGCUCAAAGACCUGAAGGAGCUGCAGCAACGAUCCAUCCUGACCACUAACAACGCCCCCGUGUUUACAUCACUGCUGUCGGAUUGCACGGCAAAGAUCGGGCAGACAGUUAAACUGAGCUGCCAGGUUACAGGAUCGCCUCAGCCAGUGAUCACUUGGCUCAAAGAUGGCCUUGCGUUGGAAGAUGACCCUCGGCACAUCAUCACAGCGGACAGAUCCGGCACGUGCAUUCUGAUCUUAGACAGUUUGACUGCAGAAGACUCUGGACAAUAUGUGUGCUACGCUACCAGCAGCAUGGGCAGCACUGGCACUCUGGCUACUGUUGUAGUGCAGGCUCCACCGAGAUUUAUUAGUCGGCUGGAAAGUACUUGUCUGAUCAAGAGUGAGGACCUUCACUUUACUUGUUCCACUCUCACAACUCCUGUUCCCCGAAUCAGGUGGAUGAAAGAUGGCAAAGAGUUGAGUGACACGCAAAAAUAUUCAGUCUCGAAUGACCGUCGAAGUGGAAUAUUGUCUCUCACAGUCGUCAGUGCAACAGAGGCAGACAUCGGACUUUAUGAGUGCGAGCUUUCGAAUGAGUUUGGUUGUGUCAAGUGCAAGGCCGGACUGUGCCCCUCAUAUGUCGCCCCGAAUGAAUCUGAAAGUGACCAAACGCACGACCUACCUCCAAAAGAUGAAGACUCAGAGGGUUGGUCCUCUGCCUUUGUGAAGAAGUGGCUACAAACAGAUUUCACCCCCUCUUCUAUUGCUGAAGGGACUUUCCCACCCAUUCAUGAACAAGCUGAGGGUGGUAUUGCAGAGGUUCCUCAGCCAGCAUGCAUGGAUCAGCCAGCACAGCCGCAGGCUCCAUGUUACCUGGAGGAAGAAGAAGAAGAAAUCUACAUCUCGGAGCAAAUGCAGGAAAUAACAGAUGUUCCUCCCUUCAUCCAAGUACCCCCUGAAGAUGUGUGUGUUGAACCAGGCCAACCAGCCACAUUUACCGUCAUCAUAACAGGAAGGCCCAUGCCACAGAUACAGUGGUACAAGGAUGGGGAAGAACUUCCAGCCAGUCACAAUGUGGAGAUCGUUCAACAUGCCGCCCGCUGCUCAGUGACCAUAGUGUGCCCGGAAGUUGAAGACAGUGGCAUUUACACCUGCUUCUCUUACAAUGACUCUGGCCAUGUGUCGUGUCAGGCUCAUCUUACCGUUGAGGAAGGUCCACUGGGGUCUCAGGAGAGAGAGAUGGAAUUGGGGAAGAGAAGGAAGCUAUUCACUGUCUAUGAUGUGGGUGACGAAAUUGGAAGGGGAACAUUUGGGGUAGUGAAGCGUGUGAUCCAUAGAGGGACAGGUGAAGUCUUUGCUGCCAAAUUCUUACCCCUGCGAAGUAGCACCCGCACACGAGCCUUCCAGGAGAGAGAUUUGCUCUCUCGUCUGGCUCAUCCAAGGGUGGCUUGUCUACUGGACUUCUUUUGCACUCGGCGCACACUGGUGCUCAUUACAGAAAUCUGCUGUUCUCAUAGCCUUGUUGACCAUUUGUUACUCAGAGGAUUGGUCUCAGAGAAAGAGGUUCAGUCAUAUAUCCAGCAAAUUCUUGAAGGAGUUGGGCAUAUUCAUAGCAUGAACAUUUUGCAUCUGGACAUCAAACCAGAGAAUAUUCUCAUGGUAUAUCCACCCAGAGAUGAAAUCAAGAUCUGUGACUUUGGCUUCUGCCAGGAAGUAGACACAUCCAGACAUCAGUACAGCAUGUUUGGUACGCCUGAGUUUGUUGCACCCGAAGUUGUUCACCAAGAACCUGUCAGUGUGGGCACAGAUAUUUGGUCUGUGGGUGUGAUGACCUAUUUAUGUCUGUUAUGUCGUUGCCCAUUUGCGGGUGAAACGGACCGUGCUACACUGCUGAGAGUGGGAGAAGGGACCCUAAACUGGGAUGCCCCUGACGUCAUGAGUAGGAGUCCUGAAGCCCAGGCCUUUCUUCGCAGUCUUCUUCAACCAGACCCCGAGAAGCGACCAUCUGCCUUUGAAUGCUUGAGCCAUGAAUGGUUCCAGGAUGAACAUGCAGGAGAAGACACGGAUGAAAUUAACACAAAGGGUUUAAAGCUGUUCAUCUCAAAAAGAAAAUGGCAGCGGUCCUUGACUUGUGUUGGUUCCGUGCUCACGUUAAGGCAAAUUCCAGAGCUCCUCGAUGCUCCUCUCAGAGAUACCGCAGUGACGGUUCCCCGUGAACACCAGCAGAACAGCAGCACCUCUAUGAGCAGUGGUUCAUCAUCCGAUUACGAUGAGGCUGACUCUUGGGACUUCUUCCAGCACUACAGCCCGACAGAGGAGGAGGAAGAAGAAACCGAGGAGGACUAUGACCCUUUGAGCGAGAGAGCGCGGAUCCCAGAACCUUUCACCCAACUUCAGCAAGGUCCAUAUGAGGAGGAAGAAGUAACGUUUGGGGAGGCGGAGGAGGAGGACGAUGACGAGCUGGCUGGUAGGAGGAGCGUGUUAGAACGGAGUGUGAGUAGGCAGUCUGUUGCCUCAUCAGAUGUUUCGUACCUUCAAACACCUCAGAAUGAAAGAAGGUUCGACAAGGGCAGUAGUCCGUCUCUCCACUUUUCUGAUGGUGAUGAAGGUUCAGGGAGCGAUGCGGGUCGAAUCCCUCGUGGCAGCGUGAUCCGGAGCACUUUCUACAGCUCAUCUCAUCAGCUUUCGCCCAUGUCAGCCAGACGCAUGACAUUACGGGAUAAAUUUCAGGCCAAAAAGCAGGAAAGAGGUCGCAAGCCACUACGGAGGAGCUUGUCAGGGCGCCUCAAUGAACCGCUCAUAGAAUACGUGGAGGAUGACACGGAGACCAACCGAAGCCAGAGACGUGGGUCCACCCAACCCACAAUGCAAAAGUCUACCUCCUUUGAUGGCAGUGUCACCCGAACCAAUGUUCCACCUCACAGAAGGAGCAGGUCUCUUGAUGACUACUCUCGGCGAUCUCCAAGCUCACCCAAGCCCUCAAAGGCAGGUGACGAAGAAGGUACGCAAAGUUUGAAGGAGGAUUUCACAGACGAUGAAGUGGGAGGAAAGAAAUUGCUGAUGAUUCCAAGCCCUCGGAGACCCGCAAGAAGAAGAGGUUCCACUAUUCCCGUACAGGGCACUGCAACAUUGGGUGGUGGAUCUGCUCCAUUAAGUCUACUUGUGGGUGACAGGAUGAGCCACAGGAUGGAUCAGGAACAAUCAGAGGGCGACGCCUUCACUGGCUCCCAGGGUUCCUUGGCUGGCUCAUCUAUUUUGGAGCAUGGUGGCUCUGAGUCUUCCAGUAGACUCGGUUCAUAUGAAGAGCUCAGAGGGAGGUACAGGUCAGAAGAGAGUGAAGGGUAUGAUGACCCAAGGGAGCCCAGGACUUCAUCAUCCCCUCGCUCAUUUCAAGAACUCAAACCCAGAGGCCCCUUUCCUCAAGUUCCUCCACGCAAUCGCACACGCUCCAACCCCAACAUAUGUCACUUGCAGAUGUCAUCAACCCCCAGUCCAAGUCCGAGCCUCUCCUCUCUCCAGGCUCCCAAAAGGCCACCCAGGGCAAAAGAUAAGAAGGAAAGCCACGGCCUUCAAAGACAUGCAUCUGCGCCAGCUCUUGAAGUCCAGCCACCCGCAGGAAAAUCCCCAAAACUGGGACUGCUGAAUAUCUUCCGCAGGCAGUCCUGGGCUAGCCAUUCCUACUCCCAGCUGGACAGCACAGAGUUAGGACCAACGCUAGGAGAGAUAAUGAAGCCAGCUACGCCUACCAUGUCAUUCAGAAAGAAAAUGAGAGCUUCGGCUUCCAGUUUGACGAAGCUGUUUUCAAGGUCAUCCAGUAAAGAGGAUCUAAGUCAAGGAGGGCCAAUUGUUAAGGGCUCAAUUUUGCCUGAAAAGGAGCAUGGGCUUGAAAGUCCAAAAAUGAGAACCUCCAAGCGCCUGACUACUUUUAAGAUACCAGCAUUCAAAAAAUCGAAAGAUCUUCUAGUCCGUCCCAACAAGGCUGAUGUGCUUCAGUUGGACGGAGGUGGAGUACUGCUAGUGUGGAAGCCUGUUCAGUCUAGUGACCCGGUCACCUACUGUGUGCAAUACUGUACAGAUGGUGGGGAGUGGACAGUCUUGUCGGAGGAUGUGACUGACAGCAGCUAUGUCGCGAAAGAUCUACCCAGAGGAGCUUCAUAUGCUUUCAGGGUAGGUUGUAUCACCAAGACAGGAGCAGGACCUUUCAGUGAUGCUUCCGCCCCCAUUGUCAUGGCAACACACCUUGAAGAUGUAAAUAUUCCUCUCAUCCAGACUGACUGCCUCGGUUCAAAGGUGACUGGGUCAGAAAGUCAGGCAACCCAGAGGAAUUACAACUUCCUGUCAGAGAUCAACAGGGGUCGUUUCAGCGUGGUCAACUUAUGUCGCGAUGCUGAAACCAGCCAAGUGUUUGCCGCCAAGAUCACGCCGUACCGGGCGGAGCACAGACAGUUGGUCCUGAGGGAAUAUCAGCUGCUGAGGAGGCUUCAUCAUGCCCACCUGGUACAACUGCACACUGCUUACAUCACUUCCUGUUACCUGGUGCUGGUGGAGGAGCUUUGUCCUGGCAAAGAGUUGCUCUACAGUCUAGCUGCAAGAGAUGUGUACUCAGAGGCUAGUGUGGCCGAGCUGCUUGGUCAGAUCCUGAGUGCGGUCGACUACCUUCAUGGCCGGCGAGUGGUCCACUUGGACCUCAAGUCGGACAACAUGCUCGUGGACGACGGCAACCACCUGAAGAUUGUGGACUUUGGCUCGGCUCUGUCUUUCACGCCUGGUCAGCCCCUUCACACUGAGCACCUGCAGGGUCUGUCGGAGAGCAAAGAUUAUAUUGUCCUUCCUAAAGCUCCGGAAAUCCUGGAGGGCCAGGGUGUUGGACCUGAGACCGAUGUUUGGGCAAUCGGAGUUCUCUUGUUUAUUAUGUUGAGUGCCGACAGCCCGUUUCAUGCAGAACAGAGCUGGGAACAAGACAGAAACAUCAAGAAAGGGAAGAUCCAGUUUGGACGCUGUUACCCUGGUUUGUCCGAAGGAGCCUUGAACUUGAUGAAGAGCAGCCUGAAUAACAAAUCCUGGGGGAGACCCACUGCGGCAGAGUGUCUCCAGAAUCCUUGGCUGCGUGCUCAUCGCGCCCCCCACCGAUCACACCACUCCAAGGUGUGUUUCUCCACCGAUAAACUCAAAGCGUACCUCACGCAGAAGGAGGAGAAGCGAGAUCAAGUGCGCACCAAGCUUCAGGGUCCCUUCUUCCAGUAGCGAGUCACCAGAGAAAAAAAAACAAUGGAAGGGUACAGUACAAGCAUUAACAAAGUUGUGUGUCAAACAGCUGGCCCCUAAGGGAACUGCGAUGCGUCUUAAAAAGCUGUGUCUCAACUUAUACUAUAGAGCAUCAUGAUAAAGGUUGUUUAAAAUGGUUUAAAUGCAAGCAUCUGAGAGAUAAUGUUCAGUGAGUGAGUUCGGACUUGAUAAUGUUUCUCUUUGCAUGUCACAUUUGAAUUCAAAUAUGACAUUAUUCAGCCUUUUUCUGUUUUCAUGUGUAAAUUUGAUUUUUGUUUUUUUUUUUUUUUUUUUUUUGUCGGUUGGAUGCCUCAGUAAUACAAUUUGUGUCAACCAUCUGCUUGGAUGAGUUGCCGGAUGACAGGUGAAAUAAAUGGCAUUGAAAUGA